GCCCCGGGCGCGCACCCCGCCUUUGUCCCCACAGCCGCGCGGGGACGCGCACCCCGACUCCGCGGGGACGCGCAUGGGGGGCCAGGGCUGAUGUCGCCUCCGAGGAGCCUGCGCCCCGCAGAGCCCGCGAUCGCGCCCCAUGGAGACGCCCGGCCCGGCCCCGGCACCCUCGGAGGACCCGGAACCCCGAGAGGCUGGGGAGCAGGGGACCCCAGAUGGCGCGCGCGCCUCCCGCCCCGGCCCUGAUGCGCCCUCGCCGCCGCCUCCUCCGCCUCCGCCUCCGCCUCCGCCGCCCUCCUACUGCCCGCAGGACUUCGACACCCUGGCCGUCGUGGGCACGGGGACCUUCGGCCGCGUCCACCUGGUGAAGGAGAAGAAGGGGUCGCAGUUCUUCGCGCUCAAGGUGAUGAGCAUCCCGGACGUCAUCCGCCUGAAGCAGGAGCAGCAUGUCCACAACGAGAAGGCCGUGCUGUCCGAAGUGAGCCACCCCUUCGUCAUCAAGCUGUUCUGGACCGGCCACGACGCGCGCUUCCUGUACAUGCUGCUGGAGUUCGCGCCGGGCGGCGAGCUCUUCAGCUACCUGCGCAGCCGCGGCCGCUUCCCCGCCGCCGCCGGCCUCUUCUACGCCGCCGAGAUCGUGUGCGCGCUCGAUUACCUGCACGCGCGCGCGGUGGUCUACCGCGACCUCAAGCCCGAGAACAUCCUGCUGGACCGGCUGGGCCACGUCAAGCUCACCGACUUCGGCUUCGCCAAGAAGCUGGCGGACAGGACCUGGACGCUGUGCGGGACCCCCGAGUACCUGGCCCCGGAAGUCAUCCAGAGCAAGGGCCACGGCAGGGCCGUCGACUGGUGGGCGCUGGGCAUCCUCAUCUUCGAGAUGCUCUCGGGGUUUCCUCCGUUUUUCGAUGACAACCCUUUCGGCAUUUACCAAAAGAUCCUCGCGGGCAAAAUCGAUUUCCCCCGGCAUCUGGAUUUCAGCGCCAAGGACCUCAUUAAGAAGCUGCUGGUGGUGGACCGGACCCGGAGGCUGGGGAACAUGAAGAACGGAGCGGAAGACGUGAAGCGACACCGCUGGUUCCGAGCCGUGGACUGGGACGGCGUCCCCCAGAGGAAGCUCAAGCCUCCCAUCGUCCCCAAGGUGUCAGGAGACGGCGACACCUCCAACUUUGAAACGUACCCCGAGAGCGACUGGGACCCUGCUCCUCCCGUGACCGAGAAGGAUUUGGAGACCUUCAAGAACUUCUGAGGCCGAGCUGGCUCUGCAGGGGACAUGCAGAUUUCAGCCACCCGAGCUGCAACCAGACGCACGCAGACUGGAGGAGCCCUUCCCCGGGGCGCGGGGGGACCCCACGUUUACACAGCUGCGUGCACACAGCGGGACUGCAGGGCUGGAGUCUGCGGAGCCCACAUUCCUAAAGCCACGCGCCGGCUGCAGACUCCCGACCGGUAACACUGUGCAUCUCGGCCUGCUCUGGGACUCUCGGCCUCUGAGUGUGAACCGUACACAGACGCGUGUGCAAGUGCGUGUGUGUGUACCAGCCGUGCGGUUUCGUAAACGCUGGCCUUUUUGCAAAGCCUCCGGGAUUGAUUUUUCCCGAAGGUUCUGCUGACUCCUGGAGAUGCAGGUCUCCAGCUGACCGUCUAUGCAUUAAAAUUAAAAUAACAGUCACUCCCGUCACCUCACCGGUCAGCCAGGAAAUGGACGCAGGUCCUCGCCCGGCAGCUUCAGGACCCCCAACCGCUGACCAGGCCUGCAGAAGGGGCUCAGGGCAGGGACAGCACGCGCUCUCACCUGCACGCACUCGGGACAUUCAGGGUGCUGCUGGGGCGGGACGGGGGCGCCCAGCACCCAGAAACCCGGCAGCUGCCUGGCUGCACCCAGGCCAAGAGCUGGCUCCUGUGUCCUUGAACCCUUGCCUGGAGCUCCCUGUGUCCCUCAGGCUGGUCUGGAGCACCCCAGGCUCCCUGGUGAUCUCCCAAGACCCUGUUUCAAAACUGCACAAAAGCCUGGAGAGUUAGCGGUGGCUUCAGAGGCCCCGGUUUCAAAGCCCACUUUUGCAAAAAAAAAAAACUGUGGGCAGGAGCACGGAGGAUGGUGUAGCCUUCAGCCCUUCUGCCUGUCUCCGAGCUCCAGGGCCCGUGCUGUGGUGAGCCGAGGUCUGCUGCCUGGGUGCUGGAGGGAGAAAUGCAGAGCCUCUGAGGGCUGUAGAGGGCAGAGCAAUUCCAGAAUGCAGGCCUCACCCCCGGGGCUCUCAUGAAGGACUUUGUCGUUUGCAUAGGAGUUUGCUGGGUUUGUGAGCCUCUGCUGGGUUCUGAGAUAGUUUGCAGCCAGGGUGCCCGGGAAGCUCUGCUGGGGACUGAGCUCCUGCCAUAUAUUUUCUGGGGCUGCUUUUUUGCUCUAGAUUCCUCACCCCCAACCCCCCAAUCCCUCACCCCAGUCUCCUUGGACUGAAUAAUUAACCUCAGUUGCAUGCAGUCUUUGAACUGUUUCUUGGUUUGUUUUUCGUUUUUUUGUUUGUUUUUGGUUUUGUGGUUUUUGGUUUUUUUUUUUCUUUUUGGUCUGUCUCUCUGUCUGUGUGUCCGUUUGUCUUUACUUUUGCUGGGGAUGGCGGAGGAUUCGCUGCACCCCGGAGCUGCCUCUGGGGUUCAGGCUCUGAGCUCCUGCCCGUGGGGAAUGGUAGCCUUGUAGGCUGGGCUCCGGGUUUCGGGGUUAGGGUUUAAGAUUUAGGUCCCGGGCUUGGCAUCCAGGCGUGGAUGUGAGGUGGGCCUGGGCCCCGGUACCCCAGAAUGUGAGGCCUGAGCCCCCGUACCCCAGAUUGUGAGGCCUGAGCCCCGGUACCCCAGAUUGUGAGGCCUGAGCCCCCGUACCCCAGAUUGUGAGGCCUGAGCCCCGGUACCCCAGAUUGUGAGGCCUGAGCCCCCGUACCCCAGAAUGCUUUGCCAGAAAGCCGAGUGGCCGAUGGUCGAGGAUGCAAAUGCCUGCCCUGCGGGGUGUUUGAAAACUGUCAAAAAGCACAUUAACAGCCAGGAGGAAUCCAGGAACGGGGGAGCCAGCCGGGGUGCUCGGUGCAGGUCCCCGGAGUCCUGGGCUCAGAGGCCACCCGGGCCGCCUGUGGCUCCCUGCCCCGGCCUGGACCUAGUGUCCAGCUGCAUGAGGCCAUCGCCAGCGGGGUCAGGUCCAGCCUCGUCCCCAAACUCCGUCCUGCACGGCUCGAGGCUGUGGCCGGGUGGGAUCUGCGCCCCUCGUGCACGGGGGACAUCGUGGUUCUGGGACGUUAGCGGGGUGGCAGGCUUUUCUGCAGGAGGGCGACCUCAGCCACCGUGCAAAACACACACUCACGCACACUCAGACACGCGCACACACGUGCACACCUCACAGCAAGCGGCAGCCUGAACCAAAGAACACAGCACACGGGCCUCCCCGCCACAGCCGCACGCGGGCUCCUGCUCCCCCCCAGCUCACCCCGAAUUCCCGAAUCCCCAGUGCUUCCUGGCUGCAGCUUCUGGGGUGCAGAGUGCCGAGACAGACCUGCCCCCCACUUUACUGGCUUUUGUUUUUGCCUUACAAACAUUCGGGACAAAAGCAUCGUGCUGUGCCUGCUCAUGGGUUCGCCCCUGUCCGGGAGGCGAGAUGUGGGGGGCUUGCGUGCUCCCCGAGCCUUCCGAGCAGUCUGUGGCCAGUGCUGGUGUGGGGGGGCUCAGGUGGGAGGCGGGGUGACCCCAGCAUUGCAUUCCCGUGUCAAGCGGCUCUGCAGAUCUUUAUGGUCUUGCAUCUGAGGAAACCAGCCUGCGUCACAAGACCAGGAGGUCCUGUCUGUGGUUGUCCCAAAUCGGGGUGCUCUAGGGAGACCUUUACCUUGAUUUCCCGCACUGCUGUUUGUUAGCUUGCUGAGACGGGGUCCCCCCGGUGGCCCGGGCUGGCCUUGAGCUCGCUGUGCAGCCCGGGCUGGCCUGGAACUUGCAGAGACCCUCCCGUCUCAGCCUCCCGGGCCGGCCGGAUUACAAGCCCGCACCCUGCACCCCGCCGGCUCGUGUCCCGGCCCCCCGGCUCCCCGUCCCCGCCUUCCACCCCGGAGGUCCACGAUCCGCUUUGCACAACUCUGGUCCCUUCCCUGUGUGCGUGCAUGCGUGUGAGCGUGUGUGUCUCAGCGUGCAAAGCGGACUCCAGGCAGGUUGUCACGUGUUGCCUCCGCGCCCCGAAACCUCGGGGGUCACUGUGUACCGGGGCGGCCUCGGUCUCCUCCCGGCUCUGUCCACAGCGAGCGGACCGGGCUGCCCGGAUCCCCCGUGGGCACAAGCGGUAAAUAGGGAUUGAACAGGGGAGCAAAUAAAAUCCCGUUUCUGACCCCGUUCAGCCCUCACACAACGGAAAUCACUGUGAUUUGUACAUAUAUAUAUACGGAUAGAGACAGAUUUUAUAUAUAUAUAUAUAUAUAUAUAUGCCCUAGGACAAAGUGACUGCUUCUAAUUUAUGUAAUAAUGCUACUGAUUCCAAGUUUCUUGAAUAAAACUUUGUACCUUUUAUGAUGUCA